AUGAAAGAGCUGAUGCUGAAGGAAAUUCUCUUGCCAACUUCUUCCCAUCACCCACAAAAUGAUGAUGAUCAAAAAGGGGGAGACACUGAUGAUGAUCAAAAUAGGAGAGACACUGAUGAUGAUCCAAAAGAGGGAGACACUGAAUAUGUUGAGCUUGGAUCUACGGACAACACUUUAGUCCAGACUGAGCCACCACAGCCGAUGCACGAGUCUGAUAAACUAGUUGUUGAGGAGCCUGAUAGACUAGCAGAUACUGAAAAGCUUGCUGAAGAUAAUGAGCAUGAUGAUGAACAUGAUGAUGAGUGUCAGAUCCUGGACAUGAACUACAUUGAUCCUAUUAUACCAGUCCAAGGAGAAGAUUCAGGUGUAGCUAGUGAGGAUACUCAACCUCUAUCUCGCAAGCGCAAGGCAGCAGAUUCUGAUUUGGCUUCUUCACACACUGAUACUUCUCUGCCUAGCAAGAAACCUAAGUCCAUAGUCAGCAUAUCCAACUUGGCAGUUGAAUGGAACAUGUCUCCGAAUCAACAUCAACUUCAGGUCAAAGGAUCCUUUAAAGCUCAGAUGCAGAAGUUCUUAGAAUAUCAGUCCAAAUCUAAAUCUUCCCAGUAA